GGUGAACCAAAGCUCUGAAAUAGCUUCGUCAGUUUCCUCCGUCGAGGGGCAAUUUCACAAAUUUCAUCGAGCAGAUAUUUGAAGAUGAAAAUCCAAAUUGAUUGAAGCAAUCAAAUAAAGCAAAGUGUUGGGACCUUGAUCCGAGCCUGUGAUUCCACGCCACAUACAAGAAAUCCGGCCCAGUCAAGAUCAUCUUCUGAAAAUAUUCAUAGAAUAAGCUUCGUUAAUUACGAGAAAAACCAAAACCCAGAGCGUCUUUUAAGUUUUCAACACAUUACAACAACUGGGUCAAGCUUCCUUCUUCCAAAGCCAACGCCUUUCGAUGGGCCUGGAGAUGGAAUCCUUGGCCGCCUCCAUUGGCGUCUCCGUCCCUGUUCUCCGAUUCCUUCUCUGUUUCGUCGCUACAAUUCCGGUCAGCUUUCUAUGGCGGAUUGUCCCAGGUCGCCUCCCCAAACAUCUCUAUUCUGCCCUUUCCGGUGUUCUUCUCUCUUACCUCUCUUUUGGGUUCUCUUCAAAUCUUCACUUCUUGGUCCCCAUGUUCCUGGGUUAUGCUUCCAUGGUCCUCUUCCGUCGCCAUUGCGGUUUGAUUACCUUCUUCUUGGGGUUUGGUUAUCUCAUUGGAUGCCAUGUAUAUUACAUGAGUGGGGACGCUUGGAAAGAAGGAGGCAUUGACGCAACUGGGGCUUUGAUGGUGUUGACACUGAAAGUCAUUUCAUGUGCCAUAAAUUAUAAUGAUGGGUUGUUAAAAGAAGAAGGUUUAACUGAGGCUCAAAAGAAAAAUCGAUUGAUUAAAUUGCCCUCAUUAAUCGAGUACAUUGGUUACUGCCUCUGCUGUGGCAGCCACUUUGCUGGUCCUGUUUAUGAAAUGAAGGAUUAUCUUGAGUGGACUGAUGGAAAAGGGAUUUGGAAGCAUGAUGAACAAAACCCACCUCCAUCACCAUAUUGGGCAACAAUUAGAGCUCUUCUACAAGCUGCUUUUUGCAUGGGCUUGUAUUUGUACCUGGUACCUCAGUUUCCGUUGUCCCGUUUUAUUGAUCCCGUCUACCAUGAUUGGCCAUUCUGGAAGCGUCUUGGGUACCAAUAUAUGGCAGGCUUCACAGCACGCUGGAAAUAUUAUUUCAUCUGGUCAAUUUCCGAGGCCUCCAUCAUUAUUUCUGGCUUAGGUUUCAGUGGUUGGACAAAAUCUUCUCCACCUAAACCACGCUGGGACCGCGCAAAGAAUGUUGACAUUCUUGGUCUUGAGUUUGUGAAGAGUGCAGUUGAGAUUCCUCUUAAAUGGAAUAUUCAAGUCAGCACUUGGCUUCGCCAUUAUGUUUAUGAAAGGUUGGUUCAAAAGGGGAGGAAACCUGGUUUCUUUCAGCUGCUGGCAACACAGACUGUCAGUGCUGUUUGGCAUGGUUUGUAUCCUGGGUACAUCAUCUUCUUCGUUCAGUCCGCUGUGAUGAUUGCUGGUUCAAGAGUUAUUUACAGAUGGCAACAAGCUAUUCCUCCAUCCAUGGCUUUCCUCAAAACUAUACUUGCAUUUUUGAACUUCGCUUACACAGUUUUGGUCCUGAACUACUCCUGCGUUGGGUUCAUGGUUUUGAGCUUGCACGAGACACUUGCCUCAUAUGGAAGCGUCUACUACAUUGGAACCGUCAUUCCCAUCACGCUAAUCUUACUUGGUUCCAUCAUUAAACCCGCACCAGCUAGAUCUAAAGCUCGAAAAGAUCAGUGAGAUAAGAAAGCUUGGUCCUUGUGGGUUUUUGAAUUACUUUAAAACGAGUAUGGGUGAAAAGAAGCCUGUUGUUGCUCAUUUUUCCACUUGACAUCCAUGAGCUUUUGGUACAUUGUUAUUUAUGUUAGUUUUGAUGGAUCUUUUAAGUUGAAGUUCUUGAGAAGUGUAGGAGUGGUUUGAAUUAUAAAUCUUCAAAGUUUACAUCAUUUUAAGUAGUUUAUUGAAUGAUUUUGGAAAA